UUACUUCCGGCUCGGGGGAAGCGAUUGCGGCCGACAGCGUUAUCGGAGACGCAGAGGGCGGCUGCUGUCCGCUCGCCGCGGCGAUGCUGGGCGGCAGCUCCGGGGAUGGCGAGCGCGACACCGACGACGAUGCGGCGGGGGCUGUGGCCGCACCCCCUGCCAUCGACUUCCCUGCAGAGGUCUCGGACCCCAAGUAUGAUGAGUCGGAUGUCCCAGCAGAACUCCAGGUGUUAAAAGAACCCCUGCAGCAGCCCACGUUCCCCUUCGUAGUGGCAAACCAGCUACUGCUUGUCUCCUUGCUGGAACACUUGAGCCAUGUGCAUGAGCCAAACCCCCUUCAUUCAAAACAGGUGUUUAAAUUACUCUGCCAGACUUUUAUCAAGAUGGGGCUGCUGUCUUCGUUUACCUGCAGUGAUGAGUUUAGCUCACUGAGACUGCACCACAACAGAGCUAUCACUCAUUUAAUGAGGUCGGCCAAGGAGAGAGUGCGUCAGGAUCCUUGUGAAGAUAAUUCUUACAUGCAGAAAAUCAGAUCCAGGGAGAUAGCUUUUGAAGCACAAACCUCACGCUACUUAAAUGAAUUUGAAGAGCUUGCCAUCUUAGGAAAAGGAGGAUAUGGAAGAGUAUACAAGGUCCGGAACAAAUUAGACGGUCAGCAUUAUGCAAUUAAGAAAAUCCUGAUUAACAGUGCAACUAAAACAGACUGUAUGAAGGUGCUACGAGAAGUAAAGGUUCUGGCAGGUCUCCAACACCCCAACAUUGUUGGCUAUCACACUGCAUGGAUAGAACAUGUUCAUGUGGUGCAGCCACAAGACAGAGUUCCCAUUCAACUGCCCUCUCUUGAAGUGCUGUCGGAGCAUGAUGGGGACAGCGAUCAAGGUGAUGUUAAAGACAAUGAAAGCAGCUCAUCCAUUAUCUUUGCCGAACUCACCUCAGAAAAAGAAAAACCUUUUGGUGAAUCUGACAUUAAAAAUGAGAAUAACAACCUGGUGAGCUACACUGCCGAUUUAGUGAUCAGGAACAGCAGUGAAUUUGAAUCGUCCAUUGAGCUCCGAGAAAACGGCUUGACCGAUUUGUCUAUCAGACCAGUUGUCAAGCAUCAGCUGCCGCUGGGGCAUAACUCAGACUUGGAAGGGAAUUCUGUGUCCACGGAUGAGUCUUCUGAAGGCAAUUUGAACCUGCUGGAGCAGACAGAGGUUCGGUACCACCUGAUGCUGCACAUCCAGAUGCAGCUGUGUGAGCUGUCCCUGUGGGACUGGAUAGCCGAGAGGAACAAGCGGAGCCGGGAGUAUGUGGAUGAAGCUGCUUGUCCCUACGUUAUGGCCAGUGUUGCAACAAAAAUAUUUCAAGAAUUGGUGGAAGGUGUCUUUUACAUACAUAACAUGGGCAUUGUCCACAGAGAUCUGAAGCCUAGAAAUAUUUUUCUUCAUGGCCCUGAUCAGCAAGUAAAAAUAGGAGACUUUGGUCUGGCCUGUGCAGACAUCAUACAGAAGAGCUCAGACUGGACCAGCAGAAAUGGAAAGGGAAUGCCGACACACACGUCCAGAGUGGGGACCUGUCUGUAUGCGUCACCCGAACAGUUGGAAGGAUCUGAGUACGAUGCCAAGUCAGAUAUGUACAGCCUGGGUGUGAUCCUGCUCGAGCUCUUUCAGCCAUUCGGGACAGAAAUGGAGCGAGCAACAGUCUUAACAGGCAUAAGGACUGGUCGGAUACCCGAAUCCCUUAGUAAAAGGUGUCCGGUGCAAGCCAGGUAUAUCCAGCUCCUAACUGGGAGGAAUGCAUCGCAGAGACCGUCUGCUCUUCAGCUGCUGCAGAGUGAACUUUUCCAGACAACGGGAAAUGUUAAUCUCACAUUGCAGAUGAAGAUAAUAGAGCAAGAGAAGGAAAUUGAAGAACUAAAGAGGCAACUCAGCCUCCUUUCCCAGGACAAAGGGCUGAAGGGAUGAGAGGGAAAAUGGGGUCCUACCUGUGUAGCCUCAAUUAUGCUGCCCACCAUGUGAAAGUGGACUUACACUCUUAAAAUAGUCGACAGCAAUGUAAAUUUUCAACCCUUAGCUGGGGACAGAUGGUGUUAUUCCCAGUUGUACUUAGCAAACCUGUGUAAAGAUAUAAAAGAACCCCCAGCUUCCUUUUCCUCAAGGAACCUUUUCAUGACCCAAGACUACACUAAAUUUAGCCUGUUCCUCCUGCCCUCUCCAAGUUUUGAUUCUUCAAUUUCCUACUUAAAUGUUACUGCCCACCCCUGAAACUUAAGGUAAGGUACCAUUCCGUUACUUUCUUUAAGCUCUGCCAAUUGACCAUCCUGUCUUCCAGAAGUUUCUACAGAAAUCAGUGCUGCCCUCCCCCCCCAACUACUUGUCCCCAGGCUGUCUGCCAGCUGGGCUACUGAUACUGUGACAGCUGCAAGUCUUCCUUGGUCCUUGCAUACUGCUACUGAGGCCAGUUACCAGACACUUGAUCACUCCUUGGCUCAAAACUUCUAUGGGCUCUGCACUGCCUGGAAGGUCAGAGUUGAGCUUCUUAGCACCAUCCCCAGCCUUUCUGUUCUCUCUCUCAACAUGGCAUCACCCUCAGCUUGUUCCUAUCAAGCUUUGAACUCCUUGCCCUCAAGCGAUCUUAGCAGCUGAGAUGUCAUAUUUUCUGCCUUUAUCUUGCAGUGUACCAUGAUCAUUUCCUUUUUAAAGCCCUCAACUCCCUAAACCACCUGAGCAUUCUUCAAUCUCUGAUGUCUUUAAGUGCCUGCUCCCUGGCUGGUAGUCAACUCAGUGCAUUGCACUUGAUUUUACUGACUUGAAUAAAAUAAAAUCCACAAAC